GAGAACACGCUGAACAUUAAAAGAAGGAAUUAAAAUCAUUAAAUUAAAAGGCAUCAUUUACACAAUACAAAUUAAUACAAUUUCCGAGUUCUCUUAAUAACUAAAGUCUUUGUUAUUAAAUGGAGUAUGCCACUGUAAAGGAAUGCUUAUCACCGGCUUAAAAGAUAACGAGAGACAAGAAAAUCCAGCUAUAAAUAUUUCCUUAUCGCGGUCUUUACAGAGAAUGAGAGACAAUUGCUCUCCCAACUGAUUGCUCUCCCAACUACUUGGGUCUGACCUGAACUCAACUCAGCAUUUGUGUUAUUAGUUUACUUUCACUUCUCUAAUCGGUCGGUCGUUCUAUUUAUUAUAAAAUGUUGCUCUUAAAGCAUCCGAAAACCGGUCAAAGCCUGGAGAUCUUUGAGUUUUGGCUCCGUGAUCAUUGUCGCUGCGGGGAGUGUCUAAAUUUGGAUACCAAUCAGCGGCGUUACGAUAUUUUGGAUCUGCCAGCUGAUGUAAAACCGGUAGAGGUUAAAUACGAAGGCUUGAAGCUACAAGUGCAGUGGAGUGACGACCACCAGUCUAGCUAUGACCUGGACUUUAUAUUCGAGUCCCAGCUGGAACAGUUGAAAAGUCGGCGAUCAAAUUCCACUAUUCUGACGCCCUGGAAUCGCAGCAUUAUCUUGGAAAACGAACGGCACUUGCGAUUCUCCUUGCCCCAGCUGAUAUCCAGUGAUGAUAAAGUAAAAUCCCUGGUUGAAUCUCUGGUUCGAUAUGGCAUUGUCUUUAUCGAUGACGUGGCUCCCACACCAAAUAUGACCGAGUUGGCCCUGCGAACCGUUUUCCCCCUGAUGAAAACCUUCUUUGGUGAAAUGUGGACUUUUAGCGAUAAGCCCGACCAUGCGGAUACCGCUUACACGAAACUUUACCUGGGUUCCCAUACGGAUAAUACCUAUUUCUGCGAUGCAGCUGGACUUCAGGCCCUACAUUGCAUCGAACACUCGGGUUCGGGUGGUGAAAAUUUCUUUGUGGAUGGUCUGGAUGUGGUGCACGAACUGAAACAAAGAUUUCCCGCCGCCUAUAAUUUGUUGUGUAGAGUUCAAGUUCCUGGGGAGUAUAUAGAAAAAGGGGAGCAUCAUCGCCACUCGGCUCCUAUUAUCCAGGUGGAUCCACUGACUCAGGAAUUUAUUCAACUCAGGCUGAAUGUCUACGAUCGCGCUGUGUUCGAUACUAUUCCACAAUCCGAGAUGACCUAUUUCUAUGCCAGUCUUCGUCAGCUCUUGAAGAUUGUUAGGGCUGAAGAGCAGCAAUGGAGUCUGAAGCUAAAUCCUGGCAGCAUCGUGCUCUUCGACAACUGGAGAGUCCUGCAUGGUCGCCAUGCUUAUACAGGAAGUCGUACUAUGUCCGGUUCCUACGUGCAGCGUACAGAUUUUCUCAGCAAGGCUCGUGUCCUGGGAAUUAUCGAAUAAAAAUUAAAGAAUAAACAUAAUACAUUUUCUAUGAACGACUAUUGUUUAUUCCAACUGUUGUUAUAUUCUCCACAAAUCAUUUAAUCAUAAGAACCGAAUGUUAUACAUAAAAUACUUUGUAUUCUACAGUCUAGACAUGAUGCCACUACGAGUUUUCCUAUAGAAAAAUAUUCUUCACGCUGUUCCAACAUAUUUUUCUUCUUCUGAACCGAGUUCUUUUCCAAUUCAAUUUCGAUUGCAAGUGCCAACGCAUCAUAAUAAAAAGUUACGAUUACAA